AUGGUUCUCAUCCCAAAGGACGAGGUGACCGGCGCGGCUGCCGAGGUUUGCCUUCCUUACUUCCACGGAGGCAUCGCAGGCCGCAAUGCGUGGCAGGCCCUCAAACACAUUGAGGCCUCGUGGGAUGAAGAGGCCAUUUUGGUCUCUUCCGACUUCGAAAAGUGCUUCGACAACGUUGUGCCGGCAUUGGCUCUGGACAACCUGCGCAGACAUGGCUGCCCAGAGGCCACUGUUCUUGGAGCUUCUUUUCGUGAGGAUGCAUUGCCCGAGGUGACUGGCCCGACGACGAUAAUUCCGCAGUUGCUGUGGGGCUUUUGGUGGAACCCGCGCUCCGCCGACGCGGUGAAAGACUUCCACAAACUCACGACCCUUGUGAAGCGGGCCCUGGAUGUUGUACAGCAAGGAUCCAGGGAUCUUUGGCUGCCAUUGGAUGGACGUGGGUUUUGCUUUGAGAAUGACGUCGGCAGCGGCGUUCUUCAAGGCGGAUGUUUUUUGGCGAGGACUGGGGCUCACACCUGGCAGCAUGCUGUGGUCGGUGACUUCGAUCUGUCGGGGCGACGACACGAGCUUGCAGACCUCAUCCCCGAUGACGUUGGCUACGACGAAAACGUGCUCAAGGCGGCCAUCAAGCUUUACAACGGAUGCAUCGGAUGCCUCUUCAGGGCGCUGGAUCGUGUCUCGUGCAGUGUACCCUCUGCGGGCACGAUGGAGUUCCCAUCUGGUGGCACGUUGUGUGGUGCUGCUCCUGCUUGUGGCAAGGGUUUCGUCUUGGCAAAUGCCGUGGUGAAG